CUCAUGGCAAAGUUUUGUUGAUGAACCCAUUAUUGUUGCGAGUCAGCACUACCACAUUCACCCGGGGCUUGCUCAGGCAGACUUGCCCUCUCUUAUUAUAUAAAGAGGCUUGUUUCCUCUCAUAAGAAACAUCAAUCUACAGAGCUCAUCCAGCAUUGGACAUCCAUCUCUUUCUCAACUUCGCUUUUCACACUUUGCUGCUAUACUUCCUCUUUUCUGUUUACAUCACACACAACAAGAUGAAGCAAUUCAUGACCCUGAGCUUGGCCGCUUGCCUGGUGACUGGUGUUCUGACCCUCCCAACACCCGAUGUUGCUUUGGUCUCUACAACCCACGGCGCCAGCGACUGGAAGCGCGGUGACAACACCGUCAAUGGAGCGAGUGACUGGAAGCGCGGUGACAACACCGUUGAAGGUGCCAGUGACUGGAAGCGCAGUGACAACACCGUUGAAGGCGCCAGCGAUUGGAAGCGUGACGUUACUGUCGACGGAGCGAGUGACUGGAAGCGUGACAAUACUAUUGAAGGCGCCAGUGACUGGAGGCGCAGUGACAACACCGUUGAUGGAGCCAGCGACUGGAAGCGUGACAACACCGUUGAUGGAGCCAGCGAUUGGAAGCGUGACAACACCGUCGAAGGCGCCAGCGACUGGUAGUUCCGAGCGCCGCAACGCAACUACACCUUGAACGCUGCCCGUCCACAAUCCACAACCUCGAACCAUAUCACCAGACAAUUUCCAUGGAUCAUUCCUUAUACAUCCUGUCAUCUUAGUGCAUCCCCGACAAUCAAGUCCAUCACUCUCGCUCAAAGACAUCCCAUGCAAGCGCAAUGUUCAAGACAAACUUCCCCAGAAUAUGGCAAGCACACCUGACAUACAUGUCAAAUUGCCCUAUCCAUCAGCAAGAAGCCGAAGGAAGAUUCCAAGGCCGAAUUUGAGUCUAGUCAGCAACAAGGUAGUUUAGUCAGAAAAUGCA